UGGGGGGUUCUAUAGGGGCAGGUGGAGGAUCUAUAGGGGCAGGGGGGGGCCCUAUAGGGGCGGGGGGGGGGCCAUGGCCUCGGUGCCCGUAUACUGCCUGUGCCGCCUGCCCUACGACGUCACCCGCUUCAUGAUCGAGUGCGACGGCUGCCAGGACUGGUUCCACGGCAGCUGCGUGGGGGUGGAGGAGGAGGCGGCGGCCGAGAUCGACCUGUACCACUGCCCCAAGUGCGAGGUGCUGCACGGCCCCUCCGUCAUGAAGCGUCGCCGGGGUCCCCCAAAGCCUCCGGAGGUGGAGCCGGGUCGCCCCGUCCGCACCGGCAGCGCCCAGUUCAUCCGGGAACUCCGGAGCCGGACCUUUCCCAGUGCCGACGAGGUGCUGCUGAGGCCGAGCGGCGCCCAGCUGACGGUGGAAUACCUGGAGGAGAAAACCUUCAGCGUCCCCAUCUUGGUGGCCCGUAAAGAAGGUCUGGGGAUGACCUUACCGCCGCCGACCUUCACCCCGCGCGACGUCGAACAUUACGUGGGGGGGGAGAAGAUCGUCGACGUCAUUGACGUGGGGCGACAAGCCGACUGCAGGAUGAGGUUGGGCGACUUCGUGGCUUACCUGGGGGGCGCCCGCCGCGACCGCGUCCUCAACGUCAUCAGCCUGGAGUUCUCCGAUACGCGCCUUUCCAACCUGGUGGAGACCCCUCGGAUCGUCCGGAAACUUUCCUGGGUGGAAAAUCUGUGGCCGGGGGAGUCGGCGUGCGAGCGCCCCAGCGUGCAGAAGUACUGCCUGAUGGGCGCCCGCGACAGCUACACCGACUUCCACAUCGAUUUCGGGGGGACCUCCGUCUGGUACCACGUCCUCAGGGGCGAGAAAAUCUUCUACCUGGCGCGACCCACGGCGGCCAACCUGGCUUUAUUCGAGGCUUGGAGCAGUUCUCGAAACCAGAGCGAAUUAUUUUUUGGGGAUCAAGUCGAUCGAUGUUAUCGUUGUCCCCUUCGUCAAGGGCAAACCCUCUUCAUCCCCACCGGAUGGAUUCACGCCGUGCUGACCCCCGUCGACUGUUUGGCUUUUGGGGGGAACUUCUUGCACAGCCUCAACAUCGACAUGCAGCUCAAGGCGUACGAGAUCGAGAGGCGCCUCAGCACCGCCGACCUCUUCAAAUUCCCCAAUUUCGAGACCGUCUGUUGGUACGUGGGGCGGCACCUCCUGGACACCUUCCGAGGGCUCCGGGAGAACCGGCGUCAUCCUGCUGCCUACCUGGUGCACGGGGCCAAGGCGCUGACGGCCGCUUUCCGGGCCUGGACCCGCAAGGAGGUUUUGGGGGAACACGAACACGAGAUCCCCGACACCGUCCGGCCCGGGCAGCUCAUCAGGGAACUGGCCAAGGAGAUACGGCUGGUGGAGGACCUGUUCCAGCAGAGUGCCGGGAAGUCGGGGUCCCCCUUCGGCCCCCCCCGGGGGGUUCCCCCCUCCCUCAAAGACCCCCCCCUCAAAAAGGGGGGACCCCGCCAGCGCCCCCCCGCCCCGCGC